ACCACUCGGGCAGCUUUGGAAGCCUUCAUCCCGCUAUUCACACCAAACGUGCUACUGGCGCAUCACAUUUCCCCAUGCAGUUGCACGACAGAAAGCCAGCAGUGAUAUCUGUACUAGAGGCUUGAACGUAGCCCUAGGGCUUGGGCUGGAAACGCAGAACAGUCUGUCUGAUCCUAACUGGAAACCUCUCUGGCAUAUAAAUAAGGUCUGCUGCAGUCACAGGCUGCGAUUAUGAAUUUAUAAGGCACAAACAUCCAUCUUUCUCUAAACACCUAUCUCAUCUGCCCAAAUGAACUCACUGCUUCAAAGCAGAACUUCACCUUUAGGCAACCUGUUAUUCCGUAAUCGUGGCUUGUCUCCUGCUGAGCUAACGAGAGAUCCAGCACUUAAGAUUAAGAAAACCUUCCAGCUGCAUCCCAGCUUGUGCCAUAAGGAAGAAGAGUGGAAAUCAUAGAUUUUGGGACUGGACAAGGCUUUGAAAAAACUUUCCUGCUGCCCCAAGUUGAUGGUGAAACCUGAGUGGAAGUUGUCUGGCCUCAGAGAGCUGAUGUUUUCUUCCUCUGAUGGAUGUAAACAGGAGGAGAGUGGGUGAAGAGCACUGGGUCACACUGCUCUCACAAGACUUACAGAGAGAAACAGCAGCUCAUCUUCAUCCUGAAAUAAUCACUUGCAAAGUCAGAGCUUUCCAGGCGGGAUGUGUCAGCUGCAAUCUCGGGAAGAGCUCCUGCCUUCUGAAUCAGUGACCAAACGGUCCAGCACAGCAAGUGAUGCAUACCCGUUUACAUCUUCUUCUGCUUUCUAGCGCCAGAUCUUCACCAAAAACAGUCACAAAGUCUUCCCCACCCUAAUGGCACGUUUCCCCAGGCAGCCUCGCUCUGCUCUUGCAGCCCCGGAGGCCCAGGAUGGUGGUGACGAGAUGUGGGGCAGAGGAAGGAGACCUGUGCUGGGUUAAAGGAGGCUGUAGGUGGGGAAGAAAGGAGGAAACCAUGCUGGGACAAAAGGGCGAUGAGCCUCUGAGAGCGCUCAGGUCUGGCAGGACAGGGUGGGAUGCUGUUCUGGGGUGAAUGGUCUUGCUUAAUGCCAGAACUGUCUUCCCUAUCCCUGCACCUACAAUCAAAGGGGUCGCUCUGGCUGGAGCUGAUGGAAACUUCUGGCCACAGAAUUAUCUUGGGUCAUUGAAAAUCAGGGAGAAGUGUAGACAAACAGCGUUUUUCACACAUGUGCAGGGUGCCAGGCUCUGGGGAUUGUAUCUGGCAGUACCUGGGCUAUAGGAACAUUACAGGAGCCUGGUUUGGGUAAAGGGCUUGCAGACGGACCACGUGUUGCUUUUACUCCUUUGUUUUCUGUGGGUUCUGUGGGUUUCUGUGGGUGAGCUGAAUGGUGUGUUGUUUGACAGAAAUUGUUUCUGACAUACUGGAAUCAGUAUUUGUCCUCAGCUGGACCUAGGAGACCUGCAUAAGUGCCUCAUGCAGCAGGACCAGGGACAUUAACUCGGUGCGGGGGUUGGAGCCUGCAGUGCUGGAGCCGCGGGGCUCCACUCCAAAAAGCAUCAGAAAUAGCUAGAGAGAAUGUUUUGAGAAGGGUCUGAAAUACAGCUUGCCUGGCAGUGGUGCUGCCUAUCCAAGGGAAUUUUACAGGAAGCAAAAGAUGACGAGGAAAGUGGGAGAUAGGGGUCAUUUUGCAAACUGGCUUGAAGUCAGUCUGUGUCCUUCACUCCUGAAGGAAUUGCCCUCAGGCACCAGGUGUCUAACCCACAACAUUUGCUGGGUAUCCACAAGCUCUCGGCAGGGCAAAUAAGGCUUCAGCAGGUGUCAGAAGCCGAUACCUUAUUGUGGGUUCCUUUUUCCAAAUGAACUGAAGGCUGUUCUGGUCUAAGUCAUGCCACUUUCCUCCCAUCACAAAACAUCUAAGCAGCCAAAUAUUGUUAUUUAUGUUUGGGGAUUGUAGCUGUCCUUGAGUGUCUAAAGCAGGCUGAAAGAUCCAAUUUGUCUGCAGGAUAGAAGACUUUGGUUUAGAGUCAUGUUUUUGUGUGAACUAGAUGCUGUCAGGCCUGGUAGCUGCUCGGGGAUGUUGGUGGGAUUUGCCCCGACUCUGGUUUCCUUUAGUAGCUGCAGGAGGCUUUGGGGAUCGGUGGCUCUGGCCCAGCACACUGCCAUGGGCUCCAGGCUCUGUGGGAUCCCUGUAGCCAUCCCAAGGCUCCAAGGUCUCUUCUGCAAAGCUGGGAGCUCAGCCCUGCUUAAUCCAUAUGUCAGCAUGCCGUGGGACCUGGUGCUAGUCCUUGGUCAGUCUAGGAGGAAAGCAGGCAUCCAAUCUUUGCAAGAAAAUCGGCUUAGGUGCAUGGAACCUGAGAUGUUUUGGUUUUCUUGGUGAAUCAAGGGUUUGAAAGACUUCUGAUCAGCUCUGCCUAGUUCUGCUACUCACAUCGCCACUCAAGGAACCGCGGUAUCUGGUGCUGCACUGCAAACGCAUAGCAGAGAGACAGCUCCCUGCCUUGAAAAAUUGGGAGUCUCUGGUGUGGGUUGGUUCUUCUGGGUUCCUAAGUGGGUCCCCCGUGUGAUCUAUGUCCCUGCAUUGUUCCUGUGGUGUUUCACCUUUGGUCUGUGUAAUGUCCUGAUUGCAUUGUGAUUUUUAAUGCCGCUGUUGCAAGGAGCUCAAAGUGUUACAGGACGGAAGCAGGACACAAUUUAUGUUUAGUAUUUUCUCAGUGAAAUCAGCAGCUUUCCUGGCUGUAUCCCCAGUCUUGGUGUUGAUACGUUUCUCUCUGCUCCAGGCUAAAAGCAGCACCUGCAUAAUAGUCAGCUCUGAGAUGAUACCUUCUGGGCAGCCUGUUUAACAAAUUAUAGGUUGAGCAAAUUAAAAGCAAACGGAAAAGGAAUGAUAACAAGUGGAAAAGGUGGUUGCUGGCAAUUUCUCUGAGAGAUCAGGGUAUUUAAUUCUUGGCUGACUCCGUAAGAGGCUGCUAUUUUUCUCCAACCUUUACAUUGACUUCCUUCCCUUCCCUCCAGCUCGCUGCAGAGUGAUCUCAGCUGGAUGCCUCGCAGGGCUGGAUGCAGCCGCGGUGUGGGCAGGCACCUGCGUGACCACUGCUCACUCCACAGCGAGGAGGAGGCUUGGAGCAUCACCUCUCCCACUCCUCGUCCCCAGCACAGUAAAUCUGACCCCGGCUGUUCAGCGCUACAGAUCCGUACUUGCGGUACCGCAGAAGCAGCACUCUGAAAUGCCUGGGCAGAUGCACGUACCUAUUGCUGGGUCCAGCUGGCUAGGACUUGAAUAGGUCUGAAUUAUUUUUUGGCCAGGUUUCUUUCAGAAGUGAGGCUUACAUGGUGCUGUUCACGUGUGUGUCUCCCCGCUCUGCUCUUGUUUCUCUGUUCAUCUCCGCUCUGGGCUGAGAUGUGUCCCGCUCUUGCCCUUCCUCCUGCUCUCGCAAGGCCUGGGGGUAUGGUUGGGAGGGCUAAAAUCAAACGUCCAUUUGGCUUCUGCUCUGGCAAAUGAAAAGGCCAGAUCAAAACCUGAAUUAAUGGCCAUGGAGUCUCUGCAGCAAUGUGUGGGGCAAUUCCCUCUGCCUUGGAGGGACCAGCAGCCAAUUCGGAUGCUCUGAUACCUUACUGGCAUAAUGCUAAGUCCCGCAGAGAUUCUUGCCACUCCAAAAGAUGCUUCUCUUGCCCCAGUUUUCUCCUCCUGCCUGUUUUGGAGAGCAGGGAGAGCUUCCAGCCCACCCCGCAGUCUGUCUUCUGGAACUGAGCCUCAGUACUGAGAGCAUAAAACUUUGCAGCAAACCCAUAAAUUCCUGUGUAAUGUUUCCUAUGAAUCCUCCUGGAUUAUACUGCGGGUUUUAUUAAUGCUUUCUAACAAAUACGCCACUUGUGAUAUAACUAGCCAGUCAAGCGCUAUCUGGGGAAAUUUUAUUGCAUUAAAUUUUUUUAUUUUUAUUUCUCCUGCAGUCAAGUCUUCUGCUACUCCCUCCCCACACAGACACUUCUGCCACUCAAGAGUAUUAGAGUCAACUUUAUGUUGCCUAUAAAACUGGGUCAUUGUCAACUCAGUCCCUCUGCUGCUAUUUCUAUUUCUCUGGUCAUUCAGAUGGCUGGAGACUUGGAGCAAGGUGCAGAGCAGGAGAGUUUAUGGCUGAACAGAUGAGCCAGGGAAACCGAGAUGCUCAAAGUAUAAUUAACCAUGUUUUGCAGAAGGGGUGAGCAAGGUGCAGAGAGAUUGUGUCAUACCGAAGGUACCACGUGGGAGUUGGGGCAGAGGUAAGAAGAAAAGGGCACAUCUCCUCAUUUCCUAAGUCACAACAACCUUUUCUCAGUGCCUGCCUGGUGCAGGAAUCCCUGUCCUGUCUCAUGGGUGGUGUGGUAAUCGCCAGGAGCUGAGCAAAAUCUCCUGGUCAGGAAAAAAACAACCAAAACUCUGUUGCAUGAUAAACACAGGGAAGGCUCGAGUUUGCAAACUGGCUGUUGUCCUCUGGGCUGCUCCAGGAGCCUCUCGAGUGUUUGCCUGCGGGGCGCUGUGGACCUCGAGGGCGCUGGUCCUUGACUCCCUGUCGAGAGUGGGCUAAGGCUGUACAGGAGCAGCUACACGGGAGACACAGGGGUAAGUUAGAUGAGAAAAACAUUUCUCUGUAUACUGCACUUGUGCAUCCCCAGACCCUCUGGAUGAUCCCUGGAGGGAGCAAAGAAGUAAACUGGACCCAAAAUGCCAGAAAACGGCACUCUGGCUGAGCCAAGGGGUGAACUGUUUCCUCAGCGGCGAGGACGUUGCUGUGCUACAGGGGAUAAAUAGUUACACCUGAAAUAAUACUCAUAGAUUUCCAGGCAUUGAUCCAGCGCGGCUUGCAGGUCUCAGGUCUGGGAAAUAUGCUUGAAUGGUUAAAAGGUAUAAAUUACUUUAAAUUAAUCAUUGAUUUAAUCCGUCUCUCCAGAAGCUGGAAUCACCAUGUUAUUGAGUCAGGAAUAAGCUGCAGUUGCACACAGAACUGUAUGAGAAACGCACAUACUCAGUACUUUGGCUUCUUGCUCUUUCUGUGAAACAUAUACCAUUUCCCACUGAGAUGAGUAGGUGUUGUACGGGCCCCAGCAGCGAGCAGAAAAUUUCACAGGGAAGUACAAGUGCACUUGCAAUCCACCCAGCAUCAAAUUGCAUCCAUUCGAACACGCAGAGGAGCCAACAGUAGAUUUCCCCUGGGUGAGAUAGGGAUGGGGGAGCAUUUGCCUCCAGCCUUUACAAAAUGGGGUUAAACGUGACAAACACCCAGCUGAGGCUGUGAACCUCCUGCGCCCAGGGAUGCCGUGAGCAGAGGGAUGAUGCUGGCACUGCCGCCGGUUUCAGCGGCAGUCCUGCGGUGCAGCGGUGGAGUCCCUCUUCAAGGGCAAUUCAGCGCCAUGGCAUAGGUAAGGGAUCAGCUUCCUCAUGGGCGAGCUGGUGGUAAAACCCUGGAGGUAGAGAAGAUGUGGUGCCCUCGAUGACGUGGAGCUUGUAAGGAGGAUGUAGGCCCUGGAGAAAAUGCUGGAGACCGGCUGAUGAGCUGCUUCCCUUCCAAAGGAGUGCCGGCUUCUCUUGUAGGCAGCCUCACAGCUGGGGUAGCAGAGGGGCAAGGCUGGGGGCACUUACAAGAAGUAUCCCCAAUAAUUUCAUUGGAGGAAAGAUGACAGCAAGGUGAUGGCUAGAAAACUUGCUAAGGGAGCAGCAAGGAGUGAUAAGGGACACGCUUAAUUAUUUAGAGACCAUCACAUACGGCAAGUCAUUGAGUUACUGCACUUAAUGAGUUAGCGGUUGUGAGGGGGCUCCUUUCAGCGGUGUGAAUGCUCCAGGCCCAUCUUGAGUUCAAAGGAAAACACAUUAGCUGAAAGCUCUCCCCAAGGUACUUAAUGAGGUGCCCCUGUUAGCUGAAUCUCUAGAGCUGGCUCUGUGUAUGCUCCCAGCCUGCUCUGAUCACACGGUAAAGUUGCUGUGUGGUGCUGCUAACAGUUCGGUUCAUAAUUGGAAGGGGGUGGGAGCGUGCAUAGUCGGCGGCUGCAGCUGAGCUGGUGGCUGGUGAGAGGUUAUGCCAUGGGCUCAUCACUUGUGAACAUCUUUCCCAGAUCCCAAGAAGAGCUGAGAAAAUCAAAUCUGCAGAGAAUCCAGCGACAGUCAUUAAGAAGUGGGUUUCUUCUCUGGGGUUAAAUUCUCCGCUGGCUGGGCAGAGGCUGCAUGGCCGGGGAGUGUAAUUAGCAGCAGGUCAGAAUUCCAAAUGAAUGGUAAGCAGAAGCUCUGAUCCCCAUCCCUUUCUCUGAGGAGGUAGGGAAAGUUCAGUCCUCGUCUGACCAGAAAGCUGGGAGAAUGCCUCCAUACCCCCUGGUAACCGCCUGCCCUUUUUUAGAGAAAGUAAUGAUCAAUUAAAGAGCACAUGUAAAAGGUGAGGGGGAACCUUGUGUUUGGAGGGGACCGUUUUAAUCCUUUUAAACAGUCACAGAAACACUCAUCCACGAUCUUUCCACUUGUUAGGUUUAUUUAUUUUUAUUUUUCUUUCUCUUCCUUAAUCAUGUUUGCAGCAUCCCAGGCUUUUCAGAAAACAGCUGGUGAAUUCAUCCUAUAUCCAAACACAUUGCAAUAUUUUUGGGGCAGUCUCUCACUUGCUGGGCAUGAGAAAAUGGUUGCAAAUCCUCCCUGGCUUCAUUAGGUCCUGCAGAUCUUUCCCCAGCAGUUUGCUGUAGCACUAACCGCCUCUCCCAGUCAAAUCAGCGCUGGCCAGGCUUUUUCUCCCAGCCUCUGUUUCUUACCCUCAGCCUGAGCUGCUGCUUUGUUUAUUGCACAGUUUGAUCUUCAGGAUGUCGGAUACACAGACUGUUUUUUUCCUAUUUGCUUAAAAUAGUAGUGAAUAAUUCUAGGCACCGCUUCUGUUGCCUAAGGAAUAGGCAAGCAGUGACUCCUCACACAGGCAGGUUAAGUGUCCUUACUCUCUUUUUGCAAAUGAUUUCAUGUGAGAAAGAGAGAAGCCCUUAGCUUCUGCAGACCUUAGAGAGACUGAGUGCUCAGCUGAUGGCUGCCGGUCCCCUGGGCAGUGGGGUGGGAUGCUCACAGCAUCUUUGCAGUUGUGCUGUGUCUCUGGGUGAUGCACCAACCCUGGAAAGCCUCUCCCCAUUGCCUCCCAGGCUGGGGGAGGCAGGGCUGGACCAUGGUCUUGGGAUGGGCCUCACCUUGACAUAGUCUCCGUGCCUCAGUUUCCCACUCUGCCAAAUGUGUGUAUUACCAUUCCUCUGUCCUCUUUGAGACAGAAAUCCCUUACGUCCAUGUGUUUAUGUAGUACCUUUGGUCCCUGAUCACUGUAGAAGGGGUGAAAUGUGAGUCUUACAAAAAACAUAUUGCGUGGUGAGGGAAGGGGUGUCUGGCUUUGCCCGCAUCUGUGGUACUGGAAAAGUGCUCCUGUAAACCAAGAACUGCUUCUAAUGAUGCUUUAUGAUUUCUCAGCUCUACAAGUUUUGCUACAGAGGAUGUGAGAUUUAAUCAGAAUUUCACAUUAUCCUGGUAGUGAUGAUAGCUGAGAGUCCCGUGCUUAAUUCUUACCUGGUCUUAAUCCGUCUCCUGGCUGGAGCAGUUAGCAGGGUCUCACCGAUGGUCGAGGCAGCUUUUCCCCGUAUCUGCACUGUCUGCGUGUGGGAUGGGGAAAGGGAAAUAGUGCAAUUUCAGUGACUUCUAAAGUGAAAUAGCACUAAAACGUGUCUACAGAAAGGUGCCUUUCUGUAGCUCCUGUCCUGCCCCAACAGUUGUCCACCCAGCUGUAGCAGACGAGUGAGACUUCAUUGUGUCUGCCGGCAGAGUUACAGGCUGGAGGUGCUCACCUAGAUCCUACCGCUCUGAGCUCACCUACACCAACACCUGCUGGCAGCUCUGAAAUGGUGUGCGCUGCAGAAGAGAGGAUCCUGCUCUUGAAGGCAAAAAGAUGUCUACCACAUGCAGCUCAUCUCAAACCUGUGAGAAGCAGUUGCUCCCUACGGACCCAUGGGUAGUUAUGGGGUCUGCUGUGGGGGGUGUGCAUGUCUCUGUCUGCUAUAGACAAACUCAGCACUUCUGGUCUAUGGUGUCUGAGAGCUGAAUUCAGCCUGACAGCAGAUCAACUAUCCUUUGGUCUGAUCUGGCUAGCAGAGAGGACCACGAUGUGACAGAGGAGAAUGAACUGGGUGUUUGCCUCCUGGGUGAAUAAAGCCACGUAACUUCAGGCCUGCUCUUCCAGUGAAGAUGCUUGCUAAUUAGUUUGCCAGUGGGAACCUAUGAGAAUGAAACACAGGAGACACAAUCCUCCCUGCAAGCUUCCUCGAGACCGUGUGCGGGAGUCUUGGAAUGAGUGGAUCAUGCAGGAGAGGUCGGGUCCAUGUCAGGUCACAGCUCUUUGAAUGGAGGGGCUCCGUGGGUUCAGUGCUUUACAGGCACGUAGUGAGAAGCUGCCAGCACCCUGAGAAGAUGCAAUCUGAUGAGGAAAUACAGCUCCCACACCCUGAACGUUUCCACCUGUGGGAGGUCCUGUCUCAGCACCCCUUACUGCCGACCGCCCAGCAUCCUGCAUCCCUCCAGGAUCCAAAGGCACCCGGGCACCGGGAUUUCAAGGCAGCAGGAGAUCAGAGCUAGCCUUCUCAAUACAGUGUACACCCUGUGAGGACUGAAGUGACCUCUGAGACUCAUCUCAACAUGUUCAGUGAAAAGAGCAGCGCCUCUUUAUCCCAGAAACCCAUCCAGAAAAAGACACGACCUCAGGGCCUCCCCUCCCCUGCUCUCUGCUGCGCUUGUGGACUUUGCAUCAUGCUGGCAGGGAUCAACAUCACUUUAGUAGGAGCAUUUGCCUUUGGGACCUUCCUCCCUGUGAACAACCCUCCCAUCAUCAUUGGACCCAUCUUGCUGGUGGUGGCCUUCACAUUCUUCGGUGCCUGCUGCAUCUGCAGCCGGAGGCCGCCAGCUCAUGGGGCCAGGAAAUCCAAACCAGGUUCCAACAUUGGGCUCAUCAAACCUGGCAACACAGCCUUUGAAAUUGAAACUAGUGAGCACACGGUGCAGGAUACCACCGCUGUUCAGCUGAGCCCCACAAAUUCACCCAUCUCCUCAAAAAAGUCCACACCGGUUCAUGAGAACGCGAAGACUUGCAAGCUCUUCACCAUGGAAGGCAAUGGGCCGGUGGCCAAGUACACGACAGGAGGAGAGGCGAUACAGCUCAACUUGCCCAGGGACCUGGCCGCAUCCUAAAGCCAGGCAGAGCUUUUGUUAGCAGCCAGCCAGGCACUGCAAUGGGUGGGCUGGAAAUCCGUGAUGUACCAUCGGUCAGAGGUGUGGGGAAGGUGCUUGCGAAAAGCCAGCAGACAGGCAGGUCUCUGUCACCUCUUUAAGGAAGGUGGAUGCAACAGCAGAAAAAUUCCGGAUUUUUGCUGAAAGGAACAUGCCCAUUACACGGCUUUAAAAAGAGAAUUGAUAAUGAUAUUGCUGUGAAAGGAUGACUCUCAGUUCUUGGGGCUACACCGGCUUUUUGGGGGAGCAGAUAGGAAGAGGGGAAUUAAUUAAUUUGUCUAGCAUAACGUGGAAGUCUGAUGGCUGGAAAGAGGGGCUACACGGGGCUGACAAAUGACAGCUCUUUCUUCCCAGUAGGGAAGCAAUUCUUGAACAUAAAAGAAGCAGGAAUGCAGUAAAUUACAGCUUGCUGCCACUCAGUCACAAGAAGAUUUCAGCAUUUUUAGUGCCAGGCUUUUUGGCAGUAGGGACAAAGCUAUGUGUUUGCUAUUGAAUAAGCGGUGUGAAACAAUCUCCCCUCCCUUGAAAUCCUUGCUCUGUCUUGCCUUCAUUGGAGUGACUUUACCACCCAUUAUAAGAGACAAUGAAUCACAAGGAUCACAAUUAACACUGGUAUUUUCCUCUUGUUUUAAUCAGGUUGGGCUUCAGCUGUGCUGCUUGGUGCAGUACGUUUCUUGGAAGGUCAGCCAGGCUGAAUCCUUGGGGACAAGCUCUUGGAGUAACCAGAGAUUGGCAGGAGCCUGAAAAUGAAAUCUUUGGGCAAUGAUUAUGUACUGAAUGCUAGGCAGCUUCCUUCCCAUCUUUUUGUGGAAGGCUGGCCUGGGAUACACAUCAGCUUGGGACAAGGGGCAGGUAACUGUAUGGGCUUCAGUAUACCUGUGCUGGAAGAUGGUGACUGUCUCUCCUUCCCUGAAGUGGCUGCGAGAUCCAUUACACAGAGUGGGCAGUCAGGAGUGGAUCUCCUUGCUGCAGGAAACCGGCUGCUCAAUGUGCUCAUGGGCUUGCAAAGCAAUGGGAUGAGUUUGCAGAAGAGAAUUUCUCUAGAGCUGUUCAAUGCAAAGACACCACCUCUGCCUCAGAAAGACUCUGAUCUGAUGGAUUAUUGCUGCAAAGGCUUUGUGUUCUUCCCUGUGCGAUGCUGGCUGGGAAGACGGUGCCGUGCUAAAUGGGCCUUUGCUCUGACUCCUGUAGAGGCUGUUCACAUGUCUGAUGACAUAUGGGACCAGUGUGGGGAAGGACAGCUGUGCAACAGCUGUGGGGAGGCAGCAGCAGGAGAGUGGGUUUUGAGUAGGAACAGCUGCAUAGGUCCUCUAUUUAUGGAAAUCCUAUAUUUGAAACGGGGCUUUUGGGACUUUGAGUGACUAGGAAGUCAUAUGGACACAAGAGCGACCAUAGCAGAGCAUUCCAAGGGACCAGCUAGCCCAGCAUCCCAUUUCUGACAAGGCCAAGAGCAAGGUCUGGAGAAGAGUGUAAAGACAGGGAAAAACCAGGAUGUUGCUUGCCCAAAAUGCUCUCCCAGCCUCCAAUGCGCUAUUGCUUAGGAGCUUCCUGAGCUGGAAGUGGUGCCUGCAUUUAGUAGCCCUGAAUGGAUUUCUUCUUCAUGAAAUAUUCCAUUUGCGCCUUGAAUGUCUGUCAACUUUCAUAAUUUGUGAUCCUGCAGCAGGGAGUUGCACAGUUUAAUGAGAGGCCAUAAAGUUCUCUAUCCUUGGCUUAUUUUCAUCCUGCACCCUACUAAUUCCCUUUGAUGCCCUAAAUUUCCCAGAUUAGAAGGGCCAGCAAACAGUCCACGCCCCCCCACCACUCAGGUUUUCUGGGCCCUUUGUCACGUUUCCUUCAGUCAUCUCCUUCUUAUGGUACUUCACAUCUCUUGUAGCCAGAGGGAGGUAAUGCUGAGGACAACACAGCCCUGAGGCAUUAGCCAGCAGAAAUGGGUAUAUGGAGAGGCAGGAGGACUGAAAGGGAAAUGCUGGAGGAGAGGGAGAGGUUAUGACAUGGCCAAGGCUCCCCUGGGCCACCAGCAGACCUCUGCAUGGCCAGUCCAUGAGAGCCAUAUGGCCGGUGUGCUGGGUUAAGUGAUGGCACGUGGAGUACAGUCCAUGCAGAAGGUGUCCUAGUUGCUCCGGGGAGCUGCUGUGCAGCUGAUGGCCCCUUCAUGAGCUCGGGUAGGCUGAGGUUCAAUUUCAUUCCUUCAUGAGAGGUAACCAAACACUCUGUCUUGAUGUAGGUCCUUCUUGAGUGCUCUAAGUGUUUGCUGCCUUGAACAGCUCCUUCUACACCAAGGAAUUACGUCUGUGAUUUUAGCAGGGUUGGUCUACUGGCUAGGAGAGGCAGAAGCAGGCUUGGGGGAAGGAUGUUUGUGUGAGCCUGGGAAAAUGUGGGUUCAAGUCUUUGGUACAGCCUCCAGGUCCUGGACAAAUCAUUUAAUUGUGCUACUGCUCAGCUCCCUGCCUGUGCGAGAGGGAAAAUACGUGCUCCCAACUCCACUUAAAGCUGCUUUAAAGAUGAACACAUUGCCAAGCAUCAGGUUCGGUAUUAGGACACCUGAGUCUGGAGAUUGCUUGAAGGUGGAUGAGUCUGUACGGUCUGAUCUCUGCAUGAUUUCCUUUAGAGCUCAUUUUCAAUGGGUGAGCUCUGCAUCCAGCACUGGCUGCCCUUCGGCACACAGGAACUGCUGUACUGAACAAAUGGCUCCCAUGAUUUUUGCCUGCCGGUGAUUGCUGUAGCAAUUAAACAGAAUAGCUUGCUGUUAUAGGUUUGAUUCCCAGCUUGCUGGCUCGCCAGCCUUUUGGAAUAGCACACAACAGGCUGGAAGUCCUUUAGAGGCAUUGCCCACGUGAAUAUGGUUACUGCAGCACUUUGAGUACUUGGAGUCAAAAAAUGGUAAAAUCAGGUAGUAACCAUACAACUCCUUUCUCUACUAGCUGAAGGCUUGAAAACCAAGUCUGCAGUGUGCGUGCUGGAAUCCCUCCUUAUUGCAGCUGCACCGUGAGAUGUUACCAGUGAUGGGUAAUACAACGGCAGAUCCCAUACGAGUCGAAGGCAACGGCCCCUUGGGCAAGGACAGGAACAGAAGCAGGACUUUGAGGGCCGACUAAGAGUUUAGCGUGGUUCACACUUGCGUUGUGGCAUCACAGCCAGUACCAUACAGGGAACCCUGACACAGCCCCAGGACCUAGCGCAUCCUGCGCUGCACGUGCAGGUUGCCAUAAAGCCGGUGUUGCUCUGGGAGUUGACGCCCUUGGGACCCAAGAAACAACAACCAGCAGAGAUGGCCCCUGGGCAAGCAGAGGUGUAGGACCAGUGAGAUGCUGAUCCCCUGGCGUGGAGGGUCUGUACGCCAAGCCGUGACCCCAACCGCCUGCCUGCACAGCAAGGUGGGCAUGGGAACAUCUGCUGCCUUCCGAAGCAUGAAUGCCCUGCUUUUGCCUUUUUCUGUCUUUCGGGAUUUCCAUGUCUGCCUGUCUGUCCGCCUCCGUGAUCGGCUGUUACUGAUGUUGUCGUGAAUCUUGUGCCUCCUUGUGUAGCAGGAGACAGGGAGGGUUUCUUGUUCUCCCGGUCAGCAUUUCUGAUGUGAGUCUUUUUUUAAAUUACUAUUUAUGUGUGUGCGAUGUGGAAUUUGGAAAAGACAGACCCAUUAAAAUAAUUGCACUCAGUAA